AAAAAGACUGCGCAACUUUAAAAAGUUGUUUGUUGGCGGCUGCCAACGUUCGCUUACUUCGCUACAGAAACACUACAGGUUUAACUAAUGACUGGUCGGCAAUUUUACCUCAGAAUCUCAUCUAUGUUUUUCAGUAUAUUCUUGAUUCAAAUUUACUAGAAUUUUCAAAUGGUUAUCCAAGACGAUUAACGUUUGAAUUGCCUGAUAAUGAAGCAAUGUGUUUUUAUGAAAAUCUUCCAGCUUUGAAAAAGUAUGUGUUUAGCUAUCAUGUAAUUCAUGGAGGUCAAACAGAUGUGGAUAUUACAAUCAAAGAUCCUAGACAACAGGUUGUCUCCAGUGUGGAACGUGGUACAGAAGAUGAUAUCGUUUUCACAACAGUCUCUACAAACGGGACUUAUUCUUUUUGCUUCAGUAAUGAGUUUUCUUCUGUAUCGCAUAAACUGGUAUAUUUUGAAAUUCGACCAGAAGAUUAUGAAUCAUUAGCUGAAGAGGCUGGAUUACCUGUUUACCCAACUGUCAUGAGUUUACUGGAUAGUGUUGUUGAAGUGUUGCAUCAUUUUCUUUCACGUGCUGAAAGUUUAGACAUUGAACUGAGAAAUCGUGAUUAUGGUGAUUUCUUAGUUGCUGAAGAUUUGAAUUCAGCUGUAUUUGUUUGGAGUGUGAUUAUCACAUUUGUUGUCGUGGUGACUACAGUUGGACAAGUGACAAUCUUAAAGAAUUUCUUCAGUGAAAAGAAAGUUGCUUACUCUUCAUCGGUUGCAACAAAUUAUCGUGUUAGUGGUAUGAGAACAUGAUUAUUGUACGACUUUUUUUCUCUGAGCUAGUUAUAGUGAAAGGAGGUCUUUUUUGGGGAAAAACAUCCUCAUCUCUCUGCUCUUUUUUUAAUAUCCAUCUUCGAUUUCACUUUGUAUAUCUAGGCGAAUCGAAUCUUGCACACAAGUGUUCAAAGUUAUGAACUUGUACAGUCUCUUCUCCUCUUUCUUCUCGUAUGUAUUUUGAAGUCUCUCCCCCAUGCAACUUUCGCUUGUGAUAUUACCUGUUUGUUUUCUAGACACAUUUUGAUUUGAUUUAUGUUAAAUGUAUAAAUCAUCUUGGUUGCUGAUUACACGAUGAUGUUUCUUGUUGAAAUAAAGGAGUACAGGUUUUCGA